UGACAGCCGGUUAAACUUUGCACAGCGUGCUGAAACACAAGGUAAACUUGAAAUUACUAAUCUGGACCAUGGAAUUCAGAUUCAACUUGAAGAAGUUCUCCUAGCCUACUAGCACAAACCAGCUCACAUGCAUCGGAACUGUUUCAUGACAUGACUGGUUCAAGGAACUUUCUUCUUGUGCCGCAGGGCUCUCAAUCUGAUCGCCGUGUUUCAUCAUUGGUUGUCCCUAGUUCAUAAGGGGGGUGUCUAGGGAUGUCUAUUCACUGUGCACAUCCAGCUCGAAGAUGUCCACUUCAACUCAACUCGAGAGUCUCACUAUUGACGACGACGUAUCCUACUACUACUUUGACAGCGGUGCUGUCCCUGGAAAUACAUAUACAACUUUUGUCUUUAUCCAUGGCAUGGGUUUCAAUGGAGGUGUUUUCAAGAAGCUUUUCCCUCUGGCUGCUGCGCACCGUCUUCACAUAGUCAGCCUAUACAGGCGUGAUUAUGAUCCCACCACUAACUUCCGUGAUGCAGACUUGGCUGGUCUCAUAUCCGGUACGGUGGAGGGACAGGAGGGCUUCCUUCGCAGCCAAGCCAUCGAGAUUGCUACUUUCCUUGUCACAUUCGCCCGCCAGCAAAGCAUUCCGCCGGCACAGGGUACCACCGGCGGAAUCGCGCUUAUCGGGUGGUCUUUAGGAGCUUUGCUCACCCAUGCUGUUGUGGCCUAUCUCGACGCCUUACCAUCUAAUAUCCUUUCUGACCUCGGGAAGUACCUCCAUACCAUGGUUUCUCAUGAUUUCGAACCUGAUGUCAAAUACAGAUUCAAUCUUUUCUACGAAUGGGCGACAGCGUACUUCGCACACAAGAGCGUCACUUCGGGAAACAUUGAUGACCUCGAGUUCAACAAAUUCUCGGAAAAAACUCACGCCAUGCACGAGCUAUCUUCAGAGGAGCUCGCAGAGUUCACGUCUGUCAAGACUUUUGGCAGCUCCGACACACUAAUCCUCUACACUCAACAAGACGUAUGCAAGACUGUGACAAGACGUGCGAUAUUCAACACGGCCUUGGCGCAGAGGUUCCUCCCCAACCUACGUGUCAGGUACAUGAGCGGUGGAGCGAGUCCUGGUGUGUUAGUGUGGGCGUUAUAUGAACUAGGGAAGUGUUUGGCUGACCCCAAACCAAAUUAUGGGCCUGAUGCCGAAACGGCAAGAGACGUCAAGUUUAAAUUCCAGACUGAAGGAAACCACUUCGUUUUUUGGGACGAACCAGAGGCAGCCCUUGGUCAAUACAUUGCUACAAUCAACCUUUAG